AUGGAGAUUAUUCAACAAUACAUACCAAUCUUGUUAAUUUUACUAGCCUCCACAAUAUUCCUCAAAGCCAUAUUCACCAAAUCAAAGCUCCACCUACCCCCUAGUCCAUUAUCCUUACCAAUAAUUGGACACUUCCACUUACUACUAAAACAACCUCUUCAUAGAGCAACUCAUAAUCUCUCAAACCGUUAUGGACCCAUCAUUCAAAUAUACCUCGGAUCCACUCCCAUGAUAUUUGUUUUCUCAUCAGAAAUAGCAAAAGAAAUAUUCAAAACCAAUGAAUCCUUGUUCUCGAACCGGCCUUCAAAUAUUGCCAUCAACUAUCUAACUUACAAUGCUUCUGAUUUAGCAUUUGCACCUUAUGGAACCUACUGGAAGUUCAUGAAGAAGCUUUGCAUGUCAGAGCUUCUCAAUGGAAAGAUGCUUGAUCAACUCUUUCCCAUAAGGCAAGAAGAGAUCAACAGAUUUUUGCAGAUGAUAACGAAAAAAGCAGAAAUAAAUGAGUCUGUGAAUCUUACUGAUGAGCUUUUGAAACUGACAAAUAGUAUAGUAAUGAAAAUGGCAAUAGGAAAAAGCUGUUUUAAAGAAGAUGACGAAGCUUACAAAGUGACUGAAAGAGUGAGAGAAUCUGCUAUGUUGAGUGGAAUGUUUAACCUUGCUGAUUAUUUUUGGUUUUGUAAGAGAUUUGAUAUUCAGGGAAUUAAGAAGAGGUUAAAGGAUGUUCAUGAUAGGUUUGAUACCAUGAUGGAAACUAUUGUCAAAGAGCAUGAAGAUGGUAGAAGUAAAUCAAAAAGAAAAGAGGGAGUAAAAGAUGUAUUAGAUGCUCUUUUGAGUAUUUAUGAAGAUCCAAGCUCUGAAGUCAAAAUAACUAGAGAUAACAUCAAAGCCUUCUUGGUGGACAUGUUUACAGGUGGGACAGAUACAACUGCGGUUACUCUUGAAUGGUCAUUGGCAGAACUAAUUAACCAUCCAACAGUAAUGGAGAAAGCAAGGAAAGAGAUUGACACAAUGAUUAGAAAGGAUAAAAUAGUAACUGAAUCAGAUAUAUCUUAUCUUCCUUAUCUCCAAGCCAUAGUUAAGGAAACAUUAAGACUUCACCCUCCAUCUCCAUUUAUAUUGAGAGAGUCAACGGAAAAGUGCAUAAUAUCUGGAUAUGAUAUCCCAACAAAAACUCAGAUAUUCACUAAUGUGUGGGCCAUUGGAAGAGAUCCAAAGAAUUGGGAUAACCCUCUUGAAUUUAAGCCAGAAAGGUUUAUUAAUAAUGGAAAAGAGAGUAAUGUUGUUGAAGUUAAGGGACAAUGUUAUGAGCUUUUACCUUUUGGAAGUGGAAGAAGAAUGUGUCCUGGAACGUCUUUAGCACUAAAUGUGGCUCACACCACUCUGGCAAAUAUGAUUCAUUGCUUUAAAUGGAAGAAUGAAAAUGGAGGGAAUGCUUGUGUUGACAUGAAAGAGGGUCCUUCAUUUAUUCUUUCAAGGGCUCAACCCCUUAUAUGCUUCCCAACAUCAACAUUAGUUCCAUUUCAUUCUAUAUGA